ACCGUUAUAAAUUUUUUUUGUCACAGGUUAUAUGUCUAGUGAAUUGAUUGUUAUGUAAUAAUUAUGUUUGAUAAUACAUCGCUAAUUAAAUCAUCAAACAUGUACAGACGUGUAUUUACCACUUACCUGUAAAAAAGUUAAUCAAUCAAUAGGUAAACCUAGAAAAUAAAAGAUUCUUGGUUGAAUUAUUUAGCUGUUUAUUGAAUUCAGGAUUUUAGUUGUUAAGCGGGUAGAUUGUGCAAUAUUUAUAAAUAAAUAUGGUUGAAAAAUUGAACAUAUGGUACUUUGGAGUCUUCUUAAUUUCGGUUAUCUCUGUUGAUGCAGAAUGUUAUUACGAUUACUAUACAGAUUCCUAUGACUGCUAUGCAAAUGUUUCAAUUGUAAUUGGUGCAGUUAUUGGUGGCUUAUUUGGAGUUGCAAUAAUAGGAGGAGUUGUCACUUUUAUAUGUUGUACCUUUGUCAAAACAAGCGGAAUCCGUGGGCAUUUGGUACAGCCAGGUACCUUAUCUACUAUACACACUGUACAACGACAACAAAUUCAACAAACACACCAAACAACUUACCAAAUGCAAGCUCUACCAAUGAAUACUUGCCCGACGUAUAACCAGUCUCAGCUUCAAAAUCAACAGAAAAAUUACCAGUAUAUUCCUCCUCAGAACAUGGCUUAUCAGAACACUGGACCCAGCUGUCCGCCACCACCACAAUAUUAUGAAAGUUAACAAAAACAGUAACCCAGUUAUGGGAUCAAUACAGUUUGACGGAGGAGGGAUAUCAGUAAUGGUACCAGUUAAACCAAAUAAAGCAUUGAGCCUUCCGUUUAUUAAGACCAUAUCGCGUAUGCGAAGCUUUGUGUUUAAGAGAAUGUGGUCAUCCAAAAUAAUCCAUUAACCCAUGUUUAGGAUUGUUCGAUCAUUUGAUGUCCAGCAAUGUUCGUUGAGAGAUUGAACAAGACAAGAGUAUAAUGAGUCGAGGUCUGCAAUGAUAGAGAGAACAAAACAUAUCUCGAUUGAACGUAAAAUAGACUCCCAGAAUGACCAGUAACGUAGACAGUGAUUCGAAUUCAACUAUGCACUCAAAAGAGUGCAAUGCAUUAAUCAAUGUCGUUAACUUAUGUGUUAAUAUGAAUGGUUGUUUGAUAAAGUAAAUCAGAGUUUGA